AUGUCUGAGCAUCACCUCACCAAGCCCCAUCUACCGGACCUGUCUCACCAUACCUCAGACACAAGACGUAACCCCCUCCCACCACCACCACGCUCCACCAAACCUGCUCACCCCGUCCUAUCACUCAAGCACUCCAACACCGCACGCUCUCUGACCAUGGAACCCUCUAACCCCUCCUGUCCAACCAGCCCGCCACCAACCCAUCAUCAAAAAAAAAAAAAUUACACCGUCUGCCUUGCCCACCAUGGCUCCAACCCCCAACGAUGCGCUAGGCGAGGAUCUUGUAUGGGUCCAGCUUGA